AUGAAUAUCAUGAUUUCUUCAUCUUCUUCAGGUAUUUUGCCAAUUGGGUCCUUAUUAGAGUCACUAAUUCAAUUAUUCAAUGAAGUUUCAUCAAUGGAUAACAAAAUUCCAUUAUUACAAGUAAGAAAUAUUUCAACAAUCAUAAGAAGAAUAAAGCUUUUAUCUUCUUUAUUUGAUGAUUUACAAGAAACAAAUACAAUUUCUCUACCUCCAUCUUCAAUUUUAUGUCUUACUGAGCUUCUUUCUGUAAUUAAAGGAGUGAAAAUUUUAAUUCAAGGGUGUAAAAAUGGAAGUUUUCUUUGGAAUUUGAUGCAAACUGAAAUUAUUUCAAAUCAAUUUUAUGUUCUUGUUAAAGAAAUGGGGAGAGCUCUUGAUAUUUUGCCUUUAAGUUUGCUUAAUUUAACAGCUGAUACUAGAGAACAAGUUGAGUUACUUCACAAGCAAGCAAAGAGAGUUGAGUUGUUGAUUGAUCCUCAAGAGCUUCAAAAAAGAGACGAGCUUUUAAAAAUUAUGGCUUAUAAAAAUGAAAAGAUCAGCAAGAGUAAAGGGUUUAUUGAUGUUGGUAGAGUGAAAGAAGUUUUUAGCAGCAUUGGAUUGCGAAAUUCGGCUGAUUAUGAUGAAGAAAUCUCGAAGCUUGAAGCCGAAGCAAUAAAGCAGGCCGGAACUGGAGGGUUAAUUGUCGUUUCGAAUAUAAACAAUAUUAUAUCAAUUCUUAAACAUUCCAAGUCAAUGAUUUUCAGCCCUGAAGAGAAUAGAAAGAUCAAAGAAGAUUCCAGACCUCAGUCGACUGCGUCAGCGGAUAUCCGAAACAUAGAAGUUUCUUCGAUCUCUCAGUCGAUGAUUAUGAGCGUUCCUGAUGAAUUUCGCUGCCCAAUUUCUUUAGACCUGAUGAAAGAUCCGGUGAUAGUAGCAUCCGGGCAUAGUUAUGACCGGAAUUCAAUUGCGCAAUGGAUCAAUGCCGGUCAUCAUACUUGUCCGAAAAGCGGGCAGAGAUUAAUUCAUAUGGCAUUGAUACCUAAUUACGCACUAAAGAGUUUAGUGCAGCAAUGGCGUGAAGAUAAUAAUAUUCCAUUAGUUGACGAGUGUUCUUCUUCAUCGACUACGGAACAAUUACAGAGAAGUAACAGCAAGAAGAAACCGUAUGAUAAAGCUAUCGAUCACAUCUCCGCUACAAAAGCUGCUUCGGAUGCUGUUAAAAUGACAGCAGAGUUUUUAGUCGGAAAACUGGCGAUGGGGUCUCCGGAAAUUCAAAGGCAGGCAGCAUAUGAGCUCCGGUUACUGGCGAAAACCGGCAUGGAUAAUCGCAGGAUUAUAGCGGAGGCAGGAGCGUUACCAUUUCUAGUAACGUUACUGAGUUCGAAAGAUCCGAGGAUUCAAGAAAAUUCCGUCACUGCCUUACUUAACCUUUCGAUAUUCGACAACAACAAGAUUCUGAUAAUGGCAGCCGGAGCAAUCGACAGCAUCGUCAACGUCCUGGAAACGGGAAAAACAAUGGAAGCAAGAGAAAAUGCAGCAGCAGCAAUCUUCAGCCUAUCAAUAAUUAACGACAGUAAGGCGACUAUCGGAAGUCGCCCGCGAGCAAUUCCAGCCUUGGUCGGAUUACUAAGAGAAGGGACAACAGCAGGGAAACGAGAUGCUGCAAGUGCACUAUUCAAUCUAGCAGUCUAUAAUGCUAAUAAAGAGAGUGUAGUACUUGCCGGAGCAAUUCCACUGCUGAUCCAGUUGCUGAUGGACGACAAGGCAGGCAUAACAGACGACGCCUUAGCCGUUCUGUCGCUGUUGUUGGGUUGCUCGGAAGGACUCGAAGAGAUACGGAAGAGUAGAGUUCUGGUACCUCUUCUUAUUGAUCUCUUAAGAUUCGGAUCUGCCAAGGGGAAGGAAAAUUCUAUAACUCUUCUGCUGGGUCUGUGUAAAGAUGGAGAUGAAGUUGCUCGACGUCUGUUGAUUAAUCCGAGGAGUAUUCCUUCGCUACAGAGCUUGUCUGCUGAUGGAUCGUUGAAAGCCAGACGAAAAGCCGAUGCCUUACUUAAAUUGCUCAAUAGAUGCUGCUCACAGUCCCAUAAUCCUGUUAGAUAACAAAAUAGCAGGAAAAUGUACAAUUGUGGAAAUAAUUUAAAUAUCAAUUUACCCUUUAAACUUCCA